GCUCUGUAUCUAACGUUGAUCUCACACCUUUCUCAGAUAGCCACCUUCUUUUUCAGCAUACUGUGACAGGGAGCUAUCCAAAAAAGUGUGAUUCCCACCUCCCUGAGAGGUGAACCAAGCUGUUACAACCCAAGAGACCUGAUAAUUAAAGUUCUGAAUUCAUCUUUGUCUAUGUUUACUAGGGGAAGACUUUUGUCCAAGUUGAAAUGUUUCUGCUAAUUAAUUUUGGUACCUGUAAUUGAAGAAGCUGGUGCAGCAAAUCCAGAUAUGCUUAGCUUUGUAGCUGUGUCUUCUAUAGAGGGCAGAAUCUGCACAAGACAGUACCAAAGAUGAAUUUUGAUUUCUGAUAUUUUUCAAGUAGCCUGGUUUCUCCCCACCUGAUAGAAGUUGCUGCAUCUUUCCAAACAGGUUCUCUAAUGAUCUUGCUUCACCAUGGCUACAAAUAUGGAGGGGCUGGUUCAGCACAGAGUGGGGACCCAGCAGGUGGCUGAGGUACCGCGGACACAGACCUCUCGGCCGGAAUCUCCAGGGAUGACCAGCCCCUCCCCGCGCAUCCAGAUAAUCUCCACCGACUCUGCAGUAGCUUCACCUCAGCGAAUUCAGGUACCUGCACCAGUCCCUCUUGGUUCCAGCCACCUGCCCAAGAUUGUGACAGACCAGCAGACAGGACAGAAGAUCCAGAUAGUCACCGCAGUGGACGCCUCCGGAUCCCCCAAGCAGCAGUUCAUCCUGACCAGCCCAGAUGGAGCUGGAACUGGGAAGGUGAUCCUGGCUUCCCCGGAGACAUCCAGUGCCAAGCAGCUCAUAUUCACCACCUCGGACAACCUCGUCCCUGGCAGGAUCCAGAUCGUCACGGACUCUGCUUCUGUGGAGCGCUUGCUGGGUAAGGCUGACGUCCAGCGGCCGCAGGUGGUAGAGUACUGUGUGGUCUGUGGCGACAAAGCCUCUGGCCGUCACUAUGGGGCUGUCAGUUGUGAAGGUUGCAAAGGUUUCUUCAAAAGGAGUGUAAGGAAAAAUCUGACCUACAGCUGCCGGAGCAACCAAGACUGUAUCAUUAAUAAGCACCACCGGAACCGCUGUCAGUUUUGCCGGCUGAAAAAAUGUUUAGAGAUGGGCAUGAAAAUGGAAUCUGUGCAGAGUGAACGGAAGCCUUUUGAUGUACAGCGGGAGAAACCAAGCAAUUGUGCUGCUUCAACUGAGAAAAUCUAUAUCCGGAAGGACCUGAGAAGUCCUCUGAUAGCCACUCCCACGUUUGUGGCAGAUAAAGAUGGAGCAAGACAAACAGGUCUUCUUGAUCCAGGGAUGCUUGUGAACAUCCAACAGCCUUUGAUACGUGAGGAUGGUACAGUUCUCCUGGCCACGGAUUCCAAGGCUGAAACAAGCCAGGGAGCUCUGGGCACACUGGCAAAUGUAGUUACCUCCCUUGCCAACUUAAGUGAAUCCCUGAACAAUGGUGACGCUUCAGAAAUGCAGCCGGAGGACCAGUCUGCAAGUGAGAUUACUCGGGCAUUUGAUACCUUAGCUAAAGCACUUAAUACCACAGACAGCUCCUCACCUCCAAGCCUAGCAGAUGGGAUAGACGCCAGUGGAGGAGGGGGUAUCCACGUCAUCAGCAGAGACCAGUCCACACCCAUCAUCGAGGUCGAAGGGCCCCUCCUUUCAGACACUCAUGUCACAUUUAAGCUCACGAUGCCCAGCCCGAUGCCAGAGUACCUCAAUGUGCACUACAUCUGCGAGUCAGCAUCCCGCCUGCUUUUCCUCUCCAUGCACUGGGCCAGGUCAAUCCCAGCCUUUCAGGCACUUGGGCAGGACUGCAACACCAGCCUGGUGCGGGCCUGCUGGAACGAGCUCUUCACCCUCGGCCUGGCCCAGUGUGCCCAGGUCAUGAGUCUCUCCACUAUCCUGGCAGCCAUUGUCAACCACCUGCAGAACAGCAUCCAGGAAGAUAAACUUUCUGGAGACCGGAUAAAACAAGUCAUGGAGCACAUCUGGAAGCUUCAGGAGUUCUGUAACAGUAUGGCGAAGCUGGAUAUAGACGGCUAUGAGUAUGCAUACCUUAAAGCUAUAGUUCUCUUUAGCCCUGAUCAUCCAGGUUUGACCAGCACAAGCCAGAUUGAAAAAUUCCAGGAAAAGGCACAGAUGGAAUUGCAGGAUUAUGUUCAGAAAACCUACUCGGAAGACACGUACCGAUUGGCCCGGAUUCUCGUUCGCCUGCCAGCACUCAGGCUGAUGAGCUCCAACAUAACAGAAGAACUUUUUUUUACUGGUCUCAUUGGCAAUGUGUCGAUAGACAGCAUAAUCCCCUACAUCCUCAAGAUGGAGACAGCGGAAUAUAACGGCCAGAUCACCGGGGCCAGCCUAUAGUGCGCGCCACCCGCCUGCCGAGAAGCAAAAGGAUCCUUCCAGGACCGCUCAGACACAGAGAAAAUAAAGUAGUGGUAUUUUGGUAUGUGCAAAUAUUUCCAGUAUGUUAGCCAUUUCCUACCUGGUUUCUUCUUAUCUGUUAAUCCCAGACAAUAGCAACUAAAAGACUAGUAGGAUCCUUUCCUGCCAUAAGAAAUGUUUUAAUGCCUUUUGAUGAAGCAGAUUUUGGAACAAUCUUUUAACCCAAUUUGUAUUUAGAAAUUCUCAAAGGGCAAAAAACAAAGAGUUUUAUAAUGUCAGAGACUAGUAUUAAACAAAACUAAAAGAACCUAAGAGAACAGUAUGUGUGUAUAUAUAUUAAAAAAAUGUCCUUGGAAUUAAUAGCUACUAAUUACCAGGGUAAUAAUAUUAGCACUUUCUAAGCACUUCUUAUCAAUGCGUAAUGUUAGCAACAUCUUGCCCGUGGGCAGGACAAAUGGAAAACUGUAUAUGUCUUUUGCCGAAAUGCUAAUAAUUUCUGUGAAAACGCACUAGGGUACAGGAGACAAUCAUUUAUGUUUAAGAAAAGAUGGCAUCAUUCCUAAUUGUAUGCACACAUUGGUGGUGUUGAACUAAAUUCCUAUGAACGAAUGAAAAUGCGGCUCAUCUGUAUCCUGCAGUAAGUGGGAGUGUGGAGGCAGAGUCGGUGGGGACCCAGACCGGAAGCUUCCUCAGCUGUUCAGUUGUCAGCUUCCCUGACCUCUGGUUCUGGUCUGUGACUGGCAUCUGCAGGCUCCUCCAAACCUGGGGCUCUCUUCUGAUGACUGGUUCUCAGAAUUGGAUUACAACCAGUCAGACAUUAACUGCCAAUUCCUGCAGCAACUAAAAACAUCCUCACAUGACCUCCACCGCUCCCAGCAGACAGAGCCUUCUGACCAAAAAGUGCAAGGUGGGCAUUUUGAACCCGACAGUAAUUCCUGGAUGCAGUCUGGGGUGGUUGCUCGUUGUUCAGACAGAGGAGUACGAAGGUUCCCUUCUCACGGGGUUUCCAUUCCAAACAUCCCCUUGAGAAGGGCUGUAUUCCUGCAGUUCACUCAGAACUCUGAGGGAAUUCGGGGCCAGGGAGUGGGGAGGUGAGGAUUCUGCUGCCUGGCCAGGGUGGUGGUGGUGGUGCGGCUGAAUGGAAGGUUUGUCUGUUGACCUUAAAUAUCAGGGUUUUCCAAAGUGUCUCCAGACUCAGCAUUUCUGUUGGCAGUUCUUUGAAUGGUACUGGUACACCAUGCACUUUGAUUCCCCCAGGUGUGCGCCAGCAAAGAACCCUGGAGCAUUUUAGGUGAUGGAUGCAGAAGCAAGCUACCUGCUCUUAAAAACAAAAACAAAACAACCUUAACUCCCAAAGUUAUCUUCUUUCUCUUAAGUUAUAGCAACAUCGUUUACAAGAAAAGAAUGCAGUUAUAAGGAAGUUCUGUCUAGAGAGGAGCACCCAUAAAUUCCCAUGGAUGCAAGCAGUGGGCAUUUCCUGCUUGGGAAAAGUGCCAUGUCCCAGACCCGGUCAGGUACUCUGCAUUUCCUUUCUGUAUAGCCCAGAUUAAGAAAACAGCUCAAGUUAAAUUUGCAUCUCCCAGAUCUUUUGAUCAGCUUGUAUCCAGAAAGAUCCUAGCGCACUUCCCCUGCCCCACAGGCACUCCCCGGCCUGGCUCAGGCCCUCAUCGAGGUCAGGCCUCGUGUGCUGUGUAGGUGCCCAGCCCGCCAGCCGCUGCCUUAAGACAAAACAGAAUGCUGUGUGCGGAAGCGUUAGCAGCACUUUGUGAGUCACUGGUGGGAAUUAAGUGGGGACAGUAUCUCCAGCUUCUAAAUUCCUGUUUGGAUUUAUGUAUAUUAUUUAUAGUUCAUGUCUUGGAACCAAAUUUUGGAGACAGUAGGGGUGCCCGUUAUAAAAUGAUGGAAAGAAUUUAAUUUCACCAGCUUAAAGUUCUGGUUUUCUAACUUUGAAGUGAUUUAAAUUUCAAAAUUAAGGGGAAAAAAACUAGCCAAGAGAGUGGAGUUAGGGCAGGUCUGUUUCAUUUCUGCUCAUGAAGGAUUUUUAACAGAGGGUAUUUUCAACCGUGUUUAUGCAUCUUACACAGCAAGUUGCCUCUUUUCUGUUCUUCUGAUUUUUUUAAUGUAAACAUGUCCGUUGGUCACAUAGCAGUUCUCUGGGAUUACAUGCUACGUCAAAUCUCCCAGAUCUGAUUCUCGAUGUUGGGGAAGAGGCCCACUUCCCUUCCUGGGGGCGGUCCUGGGAGUCCUGUGUCCAUUCGGCUUGUAGACUCAGGUUGCCUUCAGAUACUGGGACAGCUUAGCCAAGACCUUGACUGAGGUCCUGACAAUGCCACUGCUGGAGGAUUUGGGGGUAGAGGUGAUAACUAGCAGAAAAACAUUUGGGCGAGUGAGUGCUGCACCCUGGCAGGACAGCCCUGGGGAAAAGUCAGUUUGGCUUAGAGGGUUGUUGAUUCUGACCUGGUCCUGCCCCUUCGCUGAUGGUGGCUGAUUGCAGUGGACCAUUUUGGGCCUUGAACACUCAUUAGUUUCCCAGAUCCUCUUGGCCUUACUUUGAAGUAGCCUUUCCCCUAAAGAUCAUGUUCACACAAGCUGACUUCUUGCUGCCCCAAAUCAUUUGUCCCAUGUUGUCAGAUUUGUUAAGAGAAGCCCAAAGUCAAGAACUUAAAGGGAUCCCAAGCAAAUAGUGCGGUUCAGCUUUCACAAGGCUUUUUUUUUUUUUUAACCCCUUGUUAGUAGUCUGCGAAAGUCUAGGUUUAGUUUAGUAAGGCCAGCCCUCUACCCAUUGAGUCUCUGAGUGAAAUAAGCCAGGAACCGAUUCUUCACCACACAGCCUACCCAUGUGUCCCUUCUGGCCGUUCCUCCCUUGUGAGGAGUGGUCCACUGGCGAGAGGAGGUGACAAUAUACAUCAGUACUUCUCAGUGAAAUGGGCCAUUUUCCAGUGGUAUCUCAAUAAUGCUAGGCAGUUAUGUGUUAGAAUUGUGGAGGUCAUUACAUAGAAUCAUAAAACAACAGGACAGGAAGAGACCUAGAAAAAGUCCAAAUUACGCAAGCAAAUGAUACUUUCCAGGUUAUUCCACCCUUUUAAUUUGAGAUUUGUACGUGUCUGUUGGGGGGCUACCAUUAUUUAUUAUCUGACUUCUGCCAUGAGGCUGUGGUUGGGGUUCUUUGUUGUUUGGGUUUUAUAUUUAAUUUCAGGUAUAGUCACUUGUUGUAAGAUGUUAUGUAAAUGCCCUCAAGAGGGACUGUUUUCUAGCUUGUCAGUAUUAAAUGUGAACUCUGUUCUGAGGCAGUCGCCACCAGCCACGGUGAGAGUGAUGGACGUGCCUACUCGGCUCCCUGAUGCAGGGGCCACGCACUUGCUGGAGGACGUGGCUGCAGCCGUAGUACAGACUUACUCGGUUUUGCUUGUGUUGGGGAUAGCCGCGGUAGGGGGCUAAGAAUCGGAAGGGGUGUAUCUAGUGCUUGGAUUCUGGGAAAAAACCACCCCCUAAUCCUCUGGGGGAAUUUCCAGUAGAGCAGUCUUGCCCCCAGCCUGCCCUCUGCCUGACGCGCAGCCCUGGGCUGGGGAUCCAAGUUCCAAGACCUGAUCAGAUCGGAGUCCAGAAGCUUGUCGCCCACUUGUCAGUGGAAAGGGCCUCGUGCAGUGGGGCUGUAGAUGACAUUUCAACUCCUCUCUGAGUCUAGGCCAUGAAAAGUUGUCUUCUGACACUCACUUUUAUCCGGCUAUGGUGGGGGGUAGUGCCCUUUAGAUCCUGGAAAGGUUGGAGCAGGCCGGGCAGAUGCCCACACGCUUCCUCUGUCCCACUUCCAGUCUCGAGAUUGUACGGCUCUUUGAAAUGUCUUAACUUUGAUGUAAAUUUGUAAAGCCAAGCCCUAAUCGUGAUAGACUGGGUUUGGGUCUUUUGUACACAGGGUUCUGGACAUCCUCACGCGUGCCUCCUGCCGGCGCACACUUGUGCAUGUCCAGCCCUGGGGUCCCUUCAGCGGCAUCGUGCGUGUACAGAUUUAUAGGCUUGUAUGACUGACUGAAUGUACAUGUGUUUAUAUCUUCUCUAUAUGUACAGUGUAUAUAGUGUGUGUAUGUGUACAUAGAUGUAUAUUAUGUAUACAGACAUGUAGCCAUGUAUCCAAAGUUCCCUUAUGUUUUGAAGAGAGUCUAUGAUAGAGUUGCUAAAUUGAUGUGGGUGUUCCAAGGUCCCUCAGCAGGAUGCAUUUGCUGAUAUUUUAACUCCAUUUUCCUUUGGGUGAGCCUGGCUGGGAACGCCCAUACAGGCAGAAUCUCCGCCCUAUACCAGGGAAAGUUCCAGACAGAAAAGGUCCUGACAGCAGGACGUCUCUGUAUAUUGUAUAUUCUCUGGAUUCAGAUAGCGGCCAGAAAGCUAGAAGACAGUUUAUCCUAAUGUCAAAAACUAGGUGGGGAUCUUUCACCUGGCUGCCGCAUGCCUGUUCGUGGCCUGAUGGAAGGAACUUGGCGGUUGGAGCUGUCGGCCUUCCCAGGUACUCACUCUGUCAUGUGGUCCGGAAAUCAGCUUCGUGGUCACAAAUUCAGAAUGGUCUGUGUGCUGGGGCUGCCUCCCAGGUCUGUGCUCACUCUGGACUUAGCAGACAGCAGGCACUGCCCUGUGACUCAAGAGAUUCCCAUCUCUAAUGCCAGUUGAAAAAAACCUACCAAGUAGUCUUUUAAAAUAAGCAUGAAUAAUAUAACUAACAGCAUAGAAGUUACAAAUUUUAAAUUACUUCUCUAACUAGCAUGUGAAUAAAAUCCACUGACAUAAAUCCUUUCUGUAAAUUGAUUUAAAAUUUUCAAAUAAAAAUGGCAUUUUAAUAUGGCUAUUUGUGCCCUUAAAGCUGCAGAUGCCAAAUUUUCCUUGUCCAGGUCUCUUCUGAUUUAUUUUCCCCCUUAACUGGGCUUUAAACUGAGACACGGCACUCAGGAGCCAGGGCCCAGUCCAGCAGAGCUGCUUACAGACCUGGAAAGCGGGGCCUGCCUGGCCGAGGGCUGCAAGCUGGCCCGCUGAAGGGAGUCCCUGGAGAACUGCAAAAACUCACAUAAUCCACAGGUUUUCUGGUUUUCUGUUGUUGGGUUUUGUUUUGUUUUUUAAUAAGCUACUGAAAUGUUUGAAAACACUUCUUUGAGACCAUAGUACUCAGUGCCUUUUGUGAGACGGUGGGUCAUUUAGCCUUCAGCUUCCCCACUAUUGGAUGUAAAAAAAAAAAAAAAAAACCCUACUUCGCUGGCCUCCUGCAACAGUGUUUAUCUGACCCUUGCCCCUGUCCUUGCCUGUCCUGACAAUCACACUAUUAAAGGUGGCUUUCCAGUUAAAAUACAGGAGGAAGCUUGACAGUCUCAAAAUGAAUCUUCAAAAUAAAAAUUUUCAUUUGGGGAGGGUAUUUUAACAGCAAUCUAAUAAUUAAACUUUGAACUUAAAAAGAAUAUCUUAGGGGUGGGGAAUGCCUGAGAUAUUUUUAAGGCCCAACUAGACCUUCAGUUCAGAAGCCAAUAAUCCAGUGUCUCAAUAUUUAUACGUAUGGCAUAGAAAAAAAUGCUGUAAAACAUUGGGGAAAAAAUGUUCGGCAACAUUUAUCAGCUGACAGACUGUGAUAAGCUUAAUAUUUGGAAAUAGUAGACUUUUAUGUUACAAAUGUUGUCUUUAGGCACGUACACUCAACUACCAUUUUACCGACCAGAGCAUCCACGGACUCCAGUGCUGCCGCCGCACACAGCUCAAGUGCUGGAAUAUUUUUCUACAGUCUCUGUUCUCCCCAUUCUCUUGUAAACCAGUGUUCAACUAGUUUUAUAACUGAAAAGCUGCACAUUUUUCAUAGUAAAAACCAUAGUUUUUACCUGUAGUUUGGACCUGUUAAAAUGUAGCUGCAUUACCAGCCCUUUUAAAAGACAUCUGUUAAAGGAAAAUUCGGGUGUUCGAUUUCUUGGGACCGUUUCUGUAACUUCUGCCCUUCACAAUAUAGAAAAUACUGUUUAUGCCAUUACAUUUUAAUUCCAGGUUCAAAACCUGUUGAAAGCUGUAGCUUGAAGUCAGCUUUGUUUAUGUGAUGGCAUUUAAAAAAUAGCAUGUUCUUUUUAAACUGAAUUUUAUAUCUAAUCAAUGUCUUCAGUCUUGAAGAAGAAUUUGCAUUGUUGUGUUUGUAUAUAGAGUAUUGCAGUGCAUGAAUUAGCUUUAUGCAUUUUAUUAAAUGCUGUUUCAAUGUGGCAUUAUUGUUGUGGCUUAAUACUACUACCUAAAUAAGGUUUAUACUAUUAAAAAAGUGAAUUAAAGACUAAA